UAAUUUAGAGAGUAAGUUUUGAUAUAUGAAUUGUUUUGUUGGAUUGUAUUAAAAAAAUUCAAUGAUUUUUUUUAUUCAAACUAAUACUUAAUUAAUAACAAUAUCAAAUGUGAUAACACUCAAAUUAGUGUUAUUUGGAACCCAUAUUUAAGCUUAUUUUAAGUUAUUUUAUGUUCUUCACUGCCAAUAUACUGUCAAAUAUACCUUUGAUUCAUUCCAUGGAUGGAUCAUCACUUCUAGGGUGUAUUAAAUGAUAUGUAUGUAUUAGGUACCAAAAGGUGCACUAGUGUAGAGAAAGUGGCAACAAGGGAGAUCAUGGCUGAUGGAGCCAAGAUCGCAGCCUCCGGUGCCAAGAUCCAAACCAUAAACUCCGAAGACAAGGGAGUGAAGUGGGGCACCAAGAUCGCAACUUGCAGUGCAAAGAUCUCGGUCGCGAUCUUCUGCCUCUUGCCCGUGAACUUGACCUCAAGAUUGCAGCCUCAAGUUCACGGCCAUGAACUUUGGAGACAAGGGUGUGAACUUCAGGAGUGGCCAACACGGGAGAAGCAUAGAGUCUCGACAGUCACCUCGCAGCCCCCGAUUUCCAACAAGGCAAAAAUGGUGACCCUCAAGAUUGCAGCCUCUGCCCCAAAGAUCUCGGUCGUGAUCUUCAGGCCCUUGCCCGUGUCUGCGGAAUUCUAUAAAUAGGGGACUCCUCCAUCAUUUCAAGCGGAAGAAGCUUGUUGAUAAUAUAUGGUGGACCGGUAAGCGCUCUAUUUCAUAACUGACACGCCAAAACACAACACCAAUCUGCGACCAAGUGUAAUCGCAGACCGGGAAUGCAGUAACAGGCAAGUUAUAUUAUCAACCCGGGGUCUAGAUCUACUGCUUACUCAGUGAUUCUCUGUUAUCUAGCCAACUAGAGUAAGUGAUUGUUGUUUAAACUAAAAGCAGAAAUAAAGCAGGACAUUAUUC